AGUGGUUUUCCGUGCUGUUUUCCCAGCUGAAUUCCAUCUGCUUCCUCCCAUUCUUAAGCAGGAAACCCUAAUAUAAUGGAAACUUGUUUCUCUACCCACCUUUUCCAAAUCAGCAAAUGCAGCCAAAGGCUCAUUUCAUCCGUGGCACAUUUCAUGCUGAGAAACUACACCAGAGAAGGAUGGCUUUCCAAAUUGGAGUUUUCUUACUAAUCAUCUAUUUACCACAUGCACAAGGUUCUGACAGAACAUCAACAAUAACACCAUCAACACAACGGACUAACAGCAACACAACUCCAAACUCAGCAUCAACUAAAGCAGCUGUUAAAUUAAAUGACAAAAUUUCAUCUGCGUCACCAUCUAUGAAUACACCUGGAAUGACAUCCACUACAGAGAAAAUGACAGGAAAUGUAACAUCUGCUAAAAAGGAACUGUGUGGAGUGAUGUGUCAGACGACUCAGAUGACUGGAAUGCCAGCAUCUGGUGAAAAUAGUACUUCUAUUACAACCUCUCCUUCAACUAAAACAUCUAGACACAUGGCAACAACAGAAAUGACUUCAACAGCCAACCCUAAAAUAUUAAGCAUCAAUGUGACUACAACAGCUACCAGCUCUGAGGACCUUAGCCAACUACAAUAUCAAACAGAAAGUAUGUCACAGAACAAAACUAACAAUGAAACUGAUGUCUCAGUAUUUCCCGCUGGACAAACAGACAACAAGCUCAAAAUGGUAGCUUUUGGGGUAAUUAGUUUUAUUCUGCUUCUGAUAAUUGUCAUGGUCAUCCUAGUCAGUGUCGUGAACUUAAGAGGGAAGUGCCGAGGAUCUAAAGAGGCAGACGGAAAAAAGAUCGGUGAUUCAGUUGUAUCUGAAAGCAAUGCUACAAUCAAUGGAGAGAAAGAAAGUAUAAUGCUGAUCUCAAUGAAAAGUUUGAUCACAGAAACAGACUCUCCUCGGAUGUCAUGCGUAUUCAGGUCUCCAGAAAGUGAAGAUGGAGACCUUAGUAUUGAUGCAUACAGUGCCAAGUACAUAUAGAGCCAAAUCAAGACAUCCUUUCUAAAGAAGACUGAGGAUCUGUGUAUAAUAAACAAGGAAAAAAAUACCAUUUAUUUAAAUGAAUGAAUUUUUAAAAAGCACUUUUGUCUGUACUCUGCCUUGGGAAAUUGGUUGCAAAGGUUUUGGACUUUUUUACAGAAAUAAACAUUUUUCCUUCUUUUAAAAGACAUUUCUGAACCUUGGAUAAAAAGUGCCAACCAAAUAAGAAAUAAUAGUAAUAAAAAACAUCGACUGAGAGUAAUAUUUGAUCAUUUCUUUUAAACAUUGCUCAAUAAAAUGGAUUUCCUAGAGUGA